AUGGCACAAAACAACAAAAUACAGCUGAAAUUUAUCUAUGCUGAAAGGCAAGGCGAAGGCGAGCGACAGGCUGCGGCCGCCGCCGGCUUGACGGAGCUCGCCCUCCGCCUCUCCAGGGGGAUCACGGCGGCUGCCGCCGGCGCCGAAGGCAACCUCUUGUUCUCGCCGCUAUCCGUCUACGCCGCGCUCGCCCUGGUCGCCGAGGGAGCAGACGGCGGCACGCUCGCCGAGCUCCUGGCCGUCCUCGGCGCGGCGUCCCGCGACGAGCUCGGCGCCCUCGUCGGCCGCCUGGCGAGGCGGGCGCUCGCCGACCGGUCCGGCGGCGGCGGGCCGCGCGUCUCGUUCGCGUGCGGCGUGUGGCACGACGUGACCAGGACGCUCGCGCCGUCCUUCCGCGACGCCGCCGCCGGGUCCUUCAUGGCGGAGGCCCGCGCCGUCGACUUCCGCGGACGGCCAGGGGAGGCAGUCGAUCAGAUCAACGCGUGGGUGAAGAAGGAGACGAAUGAGCUCAUCGACUCCGCCAUCGACGGAGCCUUGCCCGCCGACGCCGACGUCGUCGUCGCCAACGCCGUCUACUUCAAGGGCAAAUGGGAGGUUCCAUUCAAGAAGAGCCUCACCAUUACCGACAAGUUCCACCGCCUCGACGGCGCCGCCAUCGACGCGCGCUUCAUGCGGAGCUUCCGCCCCAGGCACCACAUUGCCUGCCACGACGGGUUCAAGGUGCUCCGGCUGCCGUACGAGCAAGGGCAUCGUCCGGCCUCGCCGCCGUCGCUCUUCUCCAUGUGCGUCUUCCUGCCGGACGCGCGCGACGGGCUCUGGGACCUCCUCGACGAGAUGGCAUCAACGCCGGGCUUCCUGCAGGAUCACCUGCCGACGAAAACCGUGCGGGUCGGCAAGCUGAGGCUGCCAAGGUUCAAGCUCACCUUCUCCGACAGCAUCGCCGGCGUGCUCCGUGGCUUGGGUCUCGAGGUCACCUUCAGCGACGGGGAAGCCGACUUCUCCAAGAUGGUGGUCGACGACGGCUCCGGACGGACGCUGUCGAUGAGCAGCCUCGUCCACAAGGCCGUCAUCGAGGUUAACGAGGAAGGGACCGAGGCAGCCGGCUACACCGGCGGCGUAAUGUGCGGCGCGGGCCCGAUGCGCCCACCGCCGGUGCUCGUGGACUUCGUCGCCGACCACCCUUUCGCCUUCUUCAUCAUCGAGGAGAUGUCUGGCGCCCUCGUCUUCGCCGGGCACGUCGUUGACCCUAGCUCUGCGGCCGGAGCUCUGGACGACGACGACGACGUCGUUGACCCUAGCUCAACGCCGCCUAGAGAUUUCGCCGCCGACUUCUUCGACUUGGAGAUGGACGAACACCACCUCGGCAUAAUGGGAUGCCUUCGUGUACUUUGCUACUGUUGCAUCUGUUAUUACUGCAUGUCGUUAAUUUGUGUGGGGUUUAGAAACUUGGUGACGUUCCUCCUCGGAUGA